GUGAGAGCUCAUUUAGGCCCCGCCCACUGUUUCUGUUUCCACGCCUGUAGAAAACGGGAUCAAGAAGCUCGAGGAAAACAAGGCAUCUGUGAUGUUUAUGCGGCGCGAGCGAUUCAACAUUUGCCUUGAAACAAUGAAGCAGCAACAUAGUCGAAGGUGAUGUUCCUUCAUAUGCCCUAACCCCUGUGUCAGUGAUGGAGGUGUCCAGCCUGCCUGCGGAGCUGUGGCGCCUUAUCCUGGCCUAUCUACCACUGGCGGACUUGGGCCGUUGUUGCCUGGUAUGCCAUGCGUGGCGGGAACUUGUGCUGAGCCUGGAUAGCACACGCUGGCGCCAGCUUUGUCUGGGCCUCCCAGAGUGGCGGCAUCCGAAUUGGCCACGCCGACCUCACCUGGCACCGUCAUCCUGGCGUGAAGCACUGCGUCAGCAAGCCCUGGCCAGUCGCACGUGGACACAGAAUGGAUCCGAACUCCACUCGUCUACCUGCCUGCACCUAUUCCGGCGUAGGAAGGACAGGAAAGUGUGGCAUGUUGGCUCUGUUCCUGGGCAUGGCUAUGAGACACUGAGAGGAGCACUGGCAACUGCUGGGCCAUACGAUCGCUUGCUGCUCCAUCCAGGUAUCUAUGAAGAACAAGCAGAAGUGACUCUAAAAGUGCCUGUUGAAAUUGUAGGUAUGGGGAAGCUUGGUGACGUGGCUUUGCUGGUGAGCUUCGACCAGCAGUGCCCGACUGCUAGGCUGUGUAAUUUGGUUUUGAUGCCAGCCUGGUUUUCACCAGUGGUGUAUAAGACAUCUUCAGGUCAUGUCCAGUUGGACAACUGCAACUUUGAGGGCUGUCAGUUGCAUGUCAGAGGACCGGGCACCUGCCAAGCCCGCUUCUGUUCAUUCGCCCAGGGAAGCUCUGCUCACUUUCUAGGUGUGGCCAUCAGCCUAAUGGACAGCUGUGAGUUUUCCGGUGGUGACUCUGCCUCGGUUACUGUGGAAGGCCCACCGGUUUCAGAGCGCAACUGGGCUUGUAAACACCUGGCUGCUUUGGCUAAAAUGUUAACCGUCUCAACUGUGAGGGGCUCGGAUACAAAAGACAACCUGGAUGCAGUCAGUCCCAUAGGUUCUGCCCUAGAGGACUGGACUAAACAAGACAUGGACUGGGAAACUGGCUGGACCAAAUUGAAACCUGUUAAUGGAGGUCUCCUGUCGGGUCAGGAGGGCACGAUGAUCGAGGACGACAGCAUGGACACAUCGAGCGAAUCUGGUGAGGAGGAAAAAGUAGAAAAUGGAAGUAGCAUGGGUUAUACACUGUCCUACAAGCAGCAUGGUCUUGCGCACCUGUCGGAGCCACGGAAGCCGGAUUUUUCUACGUUUCCUGUGCUGUUGAGCUUAAGUGCAGAGCUGCAGAGGGACGCAGAUGCACAGGAGCUGGGAAAUUCGGUACAAGGAUGCAUACUGCAUCACUGCCUGCUGCAUGACGGCAAAGGGGGCGUUCAUCUGUGUAACCAUGCCCAGGCCAGACUGGAGUCCAACGUGUUCCGAGGACUCAACUAUGCAGUGCGCUGCAUCCAGUAUGCUAAGAUGGUGAUGUUGCGCAAUGAAGUGAGUGGGUGCCGAGCAUCUGGUGUUUUCUUGCGGCUCUCUGCUCAAGGCCUCAUCGCCGAAAACAACAUCCACUCAAACGGAGAAGCAGGACUCGACAUACGCAAAGGAGCCAAUCCCAUCAUCCUGUGUAACAGAAUCCACAGUGGCCUACGUUCCGGGAUCGUCGUCCUGGGCAACGGGAAAGGUUCCAUCCGCAGCAACCAGAUCUACGGCAACAAAGAAGCCGGAGUCUAUAUUCUUUUCAAUGGCAAUCCUGUGGUCAGCGGGAAUCACAUAUUCCAAGGUCUUGCUGCUGGCAUUGCUGUUAAUGAGAAUGGAAGAGGACUGAUUACAGGGAACGUGAUAAGACAGAAUCAGUGGGGUGGCACGGACAUCCGUCGAGGAGGUGAUCCGGUCCUGCGUAAUAACUUCAUCUGUCAUGGCUACUCCGACGGAGUGGUGGUGGGGGAGAGAGGAAGGGGUCUCAUUGAGGGCAACCACAUCUACGGCAACAGGGGCUGUGGGGUGUGGGUGAUGUUAUCGAGCCUUCCGCAGUUGAUUGGAAACUACAUAACCCAUAACCGCAUGUACGGGCUGGCCGUGUUUUGCCGGAAGGACCCGGCAUUUUCAGCAGGCAGUGAACGAGGAGGAGGAGGAGAGCGGGAGAGAGGAGGCCAGGAGAACUUUCAUGAAGAAGGCGAACUUCUAGCGUGGGAGAGCGACAUGGACAGUGAAGACGAGCGAUUCUCAACCCGUCGCCCAAUCACUGUUGCCUUAGUGGAGAAUAACUGUAUAAGCCAAAAUGGAGCGGUGGGCGUGUAUGUGAAAAGCAGUGAGGCGCUAAACGUGGUGGGUAACAUGGUGGCCAGCAACCGGGCAGCAGGCGUGGCCAUCGUUCAGAGUGCGCAACUGACACGACUUGUUAGCAACUGCAUCCUUGGUAAUGGCAGGGCUGGAAUCACGGUAGACCGGGAAUGUCGAGUGGAGCUCCGAGGCAAUGGCAUUUACGGUAACAGUUACCAUGGUGUGUGCUUCCGUGGUGAUGGGCAGAUCAUGGAAAAUGACGUGGCCGGGAACGGGGCAGUCGGGAUACGGCUGAUAGAAAGUGCAGAAGUGAAAGUUCUGAGGAAUCGUGUGCAGUCUUUGCGUGGUUGUGCCAUCUCUGUAAGAGAGAGGGUUCGAGGUGUGAUCCAGGAAAACCUGGUGUACCAGGGCUACCCUGAUAACAAUAAACCGCACAUAUACACCGACCCUCUCAACCAAGAGUGUGUCGUGCUCAGCAACACUCUGCUCACACACAGACCAAACACAAGCUGGGCUCUUGAAAACCCGCCACCUCGUCCUGUCGGCAGCAAUCCGCCGAGCUCUGCCCCUUCGUCGCGCCCUGCCCAGCUCGCCAUCAGCAUGACAAGCCGGAUCACUGCCACUGUAGAGAGCGGCUGCCAUAACAACGGCAGCAUCUUCUGUUGCAUUCUAUGAGGUCACUUUUUGCACUUAUUUGCUGGGAAUAAAAGCACUUUUAUUAGGACGUAGUCUAAAUAGGUUUAUCUUACUAAUCGCCACAGGUGAAAAUGACUUGGAUAUGUGUGUGGCGGUCUGGGAAAACCCAUUGGAUGUAAAACCUUGCGAUGUUUCACAACAAAUGUCAUGCUUCAAUUACAUUUUCUGAUAGCUAGGUGCUGUAGUUAAACGGAUAUUACUCCAUGAUUUAGUUUGUAAUUAAAUGAAGGGUUUUCCCAGGCUGCCAGCUAUGUUUGAAAGAUGCUGUUCCGUCACUGUAGUGUUCUGAUGUGUUCAUCUCAAAAGUGACAUGCCAGAUAGAUUGUUCUUAAUGAUCAGAAAACGAUCUUUAGUUAAAGAAAUGACUUUGGAAUUACAGUAAGAAGGAUGUGAUACCCAGGUACAAUGAAUUCAGAUGUUUUACAGAUGACCUUGCUGAAAUGUUAGAUUCCCUCUCACUGGUGCAAGAAUUAUAUAAACUAAAAGCAUGCCAGUAGGACAGGUUCGUGAUUUUUAAUCACCAUGGACACAUGCGUAUAGUUGCUAGUUAGUCAUACGUCGAAUACAAAAAUAUAUUCUUUCCACGUACUAACCAUAGAACAAGCGACAACGUACAGCACUUGGUGUCUUCCUGUCCGUCCCAAGUGACAAUCUGGGCCCAGAAUAGUUGGUAAACAGGUGAGAUGCGCUUUGGGAUUUGGAGUUUUGUGGGAUUUGGUUGUCCUGCAGCAGCUCUUUUGCCUGAGCAACUGACGGAACUUCGGCAUAACAGGCUACACCACAGCAUGAGGUGAUGUUAUUCAGCCACAGCAUGGCCCUUUGAGGUUUAUGAUGCUGUGCACAUUUCUGAGAUUUUUCCCCCUCCUUCUCUUGCAACCUGGCAACCGCUCAUUAAAUAAGUGGUAGGGAAGUCAUAGCUCAGUGCUUAGAGGUGUCUUUUGGAUCCAAUCCUGUCUCAACAGUAAAUCACCCAAUACACUCUUCUGCCAAACGUAUGAAUGCAAAUGUACCUUAGUAGACAAUCUAUGUAUUAAAACAAAUUUUUUAUCUCCAAGGUUUGAAAUGUAACCGAAUCAACCCUUCAAACUUCUCAACAUUUUCUGUAUUCAUUUAACAUUGUAAAAAAGAAACCUUUUUUUCACUCUUUAUCUUAAAUAGUGCAAUAUGUGAUGUCAAAUGUGCCUAUUUUUAUUGUAUGCCUUUAUUUUUUAUACAUGUUGUACAGCCCAAAUGAUAAAUCCUUAUGGUUAAUCCUUU